AUGCUCCCACCCCCCGAUGACCCCGACUCUACCACCGACACAACAAUCACGUCCACCAGAUCACCCCUCCCCCUCACCACCGACAAUGCCACCACCACCACGAAGAACCAGAACAACCACCACCACCCCCGCAAACCAAAACCCACGCUCCUCAACCCCCUUCAAAAAGGUAUCACAACCUACCUAACCCACCACCACACCGAUGCGACCCUCCCCCCCUCCUCCCUUCCCAAACGCUUCACCAUCUACGCCCCCCUCCUCCUCCUUCCCGUCAACGCCCUCACGACCCCACCCGCCUGGCACACCCUCUAUGCCUCCCUAACCGCAUCUCAAAGGACCACUCUCUACGAAUGCAUUCUCUCCGCCUUCUCGCGCUACAACCUCACCCACAUCGCCAUCAACGCCCCCAUCGCAUUAACCGACGCGCAAGGCACCGAGAACCGCAUGCGCAGUCCCGGCGGCUUACACCCACUACACGGGGAUUUUGGGCCCUCGCCCAGCACAAUCGUGAAUCUGGAUGCGCCAACAGCGGAGGACCUGGGGCGUGCGUUGUGGGUGAGUACGGUGCAGAACCAUGGCAUUGAGCAGUUUUGGGCACCUAUGUAUACGAUGUUCUCGAGGGGGAAUGUUACGGAGAAGGCAAGGAUAUUGGAUGGCAUGGAGGGGUUGCGGAGGGAGGAUAUGGAGGGGGCAGGGAUGAGUGUGGUGGAUAUGUAUGCGGGGAUUGGGUAUUUUGUGUUUUCGUACCUGAGGCGGGGGGUGCAAAGGGUUUGGGGGUGGGAGAUUAAUGGCUGGUCCGUGGAGGGGUUGCGGAGGGGGUGUAUGGCUAAUGGGUGGGGGGAUGAGGAUAGGGUGGUGGUGUUUCAUGGGGAUAAUCGGUUUGCGGCGCGUGUUUUGGCACAGAUCAGGCAUGUGAUGGAGGCGCGCGGGCGGUGGGCGCCUGUCAGGCAUGUUAAUUUGGGCUUGUUGCCCUCGUCGGCGGCUGCUUGGGGGGCUGCGUGUCGGAUGGUGGAUGGACGGUUGGGGGGUUGGCUGCAUGUGCAUGAGAAUGUGGAUGUGCGGCGCAUUGAGGAGAUGGGGGAUCAUAUCACGAAGGAGAUUGGGAGGUUAAGGGCCACGGCUUUGGAGGUUGAAGAUGUGGUGGCGGAGUGUCGGCAUGUUGAACAGGUCAAGACUUACGCUCCGGGGGUGAUGCAUUGCGUGUUUGAUGUCAAGAUGCCGGCACUGGAGCUAUAA